GACGGAUCGAGUAUAAAAGAAAGAAAAGGUUAGGGAGAUAAUAUCUUGCUCAUUAGUUGCCGACAUACGUAGUAUUAUACUCCGUACGUAUAUGGAAACCCCACGUCUGUUAGCGAGCGCGAACGACGUGAAUGGUGGCGAUCCAUUAGCUCCGUCUCCAUCAAAUUUCACACGCGUCUGCAACCUCUCGGCGGCUGCAACGGCCUCAGCUUCCGUUCUUCUUCUCCUCUCCAUAGCUAUAAUGAUCUCUUCCCUCAAAGGACCUCGUGAUGACGAAGCAGUGAUCCCGAUCAUCGGAGCUGUCGGGCCGGAGAGCUUUGCGUUCGAUUCCAACGGUGACGGUCCUUACACAGGCGUCUCUGAUGGCCGGAUUAUCAAAUGGCAGCGCAACCAGAGCCGCUGGAUUGAUUUCGCCGUCACGUCCCCGGAGAGAGCUAGUUGUGAAGGUAAAGAAGCGGGAGAUCAUACUAGGAGAGAACAUUUAUGUGGCCGCCCAUUGGGCCUCCGUUUUAGUCCAAAGAGUGGAGACCUUUUUAUCGCAGAUGCUUAUAUGGGUUUACUUGUUGUAAAGCCGAAAGGGGGUUCAUCAACUCAGGUGGCAAAACAGGCUCAAGGAGCUCAACGUGGGUUUACCAACUCCCUGGAUAUUGAUCACAAAAGUGGAGUCAUUUACUUUACCGACAGCACUGCAAAAUACCAACGAAGGAAUUACAUUUCUGCAAUAUUUAGUGGUGACAACACAGGGCGACUGUUGAAAUAUGAUCCAGAAACUAAACAAAUCUCUGUCAUGCUCGAUAAUCUUAGAUUCCCCAAUGGUGUGGCACUAAGCAAAGAAGGUGACUUCAUUCUUGUUGCAGAAACCACGACAUGCAAAAUAGUGAAGUUGUGGCUCAAACCUCCAAAAGUUGGGGAUGUGGAAACCAUCUUGGAGCUCCCGGGAUUCCCAGAUAACAUUAAAAGGAAUGAGAAAGGCGAGUUUUGGGUUGGGAUUCAUUCAAGGAGAAGAAAAUUCAUGAAAUGGGCUUUGUCUACAAAUUCUUGGAUUAGAAAUGCUUUGAUCAUCAAUCUCCCGUUUGAUAUUACAAAGGUGUAUACAUAUUUGGGUUGUGUUAGUGGAAAUGGUUUUGGAGUGAGGAUAAAUGAAAAUGGGGAUGUGUUGGAGAUUUUGGAGGGCAUGAAUGGAAGAAAUUGGGAGCAUGUGAGUGAAGUUUGCGAAGAAAAUGAAAAUUUAUGGAUAGGAUCAGUGGAUAUGCCGUUUGCAAUUAAAGAGAAGAUAAUGAGAUAAGUGUCAUUUUUAAUAUAAAUGUAGGACUAUAGUUAUAUGUAAAUCAUAUUAUAAGUUUCAUUAUUUAAGUGGUAGGAAAAUAAUGCAUGUUAGCAUAUACGGAGUAUUAAAGAAUUGAUGUGUUUCAUGAUGACCAAAACACUGUAUUAAAAAGACUUUGUAUAUGACAAAUAUAGUUGAUAAACAAAAAUUUGACCAGUUAU